UGCGGGUGAAAAUGCAACAAGUGAUUGCGUAGUAAGAGCACGUGUUUGCUUUUCCGGCUUUCCCCCUCAUCAACAUACAUAUUUAUUUGAAACCGCCGUUGUCACGAUUACGCGCCGGCGAUACUGUACCUAGCAACCAUACGAAACCGCUUGUUUAUUUUCUAGCAAAUUCCUUUCAGCCAACUCUUCUUGUCACCAAAUUUUCCCGAACAAGCCAAGUAUUUUCUACCAACAAAAGACUGAAAUCCCACCUCCCACGAAAUGGACGACCUUCCGAAACUGCCGGGAAACGAUUUUGCUAACCGACUGCGCCAGAAACAUCACAUCCCGCAGUGCUUCAAAUACCUCAACGGCUAUCCCAUCCCGAUGAAACCGAUCUGCGGCCUCGGCGGCGAACAGCUCAACGAAGAUUCCAUCUACUACUGCACCGAUGAAACGGAUUCCGUCCUCUACGACCCGAUUCUAACCUACGGACGCCUCCGAAAGCUCCCGGUCAAACCCUACCGGCCGCACUUUGUACUCUACGACCAGAAAACCCUCAAAUUCAACGCUUUCUUCCGGCAAGCGGUUCCGGAAUCGCCCAAGGAAACGUUCCGCAUCCGGUACGUCAACAUUUUGUACUUCCUGGAGGACGACACCAUGACCGUGCUGGAACCGGUCAUCGAGAACUGCGGUUACCCUCAGGGCCGUCUCGUCCGGAGAGGGCGGAUCCUGAAAAGCUGCCUCGGAGAAGCGUACAGCUGGAAGGACUUGAACAUCGGAAUCGAUCUGGAGAUUCACGGAUAUGUGUUUCACAUAACGGAUUGUGACCCGUUCACAAAGGAGUUCCUGCUGAGCAAUGGUAUCGAACUGAACGAGAUGGAAUUUCCGCCUCCGGAUCCGGCCAUGAACGAACGGUCGAUUAGCGAAAGGCAGAGCUUCAAGCACCACAAGAUGUAUCCGGUGCCGCAGGAUAAGUUGCGAAAAUACCUGGAGUACCAGGGGAAGGUGCUACACUUCGACUGCCUGCUGGAUGAACCGGAUCAACCCGGUGGGGAACGGAUGACCUACAAGUUGUUCUACUUCCUGGAAGACGAUACCGUGUCGAUCAAGGAACUGAAAGAGAACCAGGAAGGGCGCGACUAUUUUCCGAUGUUACUUCGGAAGCAGAAACUGCCGAAGAACUGGAAGGACGUGCCGGUGACCUAUCCUUCGAUCUGCAUGGAGCUCUCCGAUCAAGAAGUAUCCGAAUACUACUCUCCCCGGGAUCUCCUGGUCGGCGGAACCAUAUUCGUGUUCGGGCGGAAAUUUCUGCUACUAGAUUGCGACCGCUUUACCCGGUGCUAUUACGAAAGGAUGCUGAAAAUCAUUCAACCCGAUGCAGUGCAACUGGGUAGCCCGGAACGCAGAACUCCCCGCAAAGAAUUGCCGACCUAUCUGGGACUAGGGACUCCCGAGGACUCUAUUGCGUCGCAUCACAGUUUGGUUCCGAAGAGUCCCCGCAAGGACGUCGUAACCUAUUUGGUCAAUAUGAAUAAAUUCCUACGGUAUGGAUGCGUGCUGGACAAUGCCCAUCCGGAGGAUAGCAUUCGUCGGUUCGUGCUUAGCUUGUCCUUGGCAGAUGGAACAAUCACGAUCAUGGAGUCAACGAUUCGGAACUCCGGCAUUCGAGGUGGUCGAUUUCUGUCGCCCAAGAAGGUUUGGAAACCGGACUGCAACCCGGACGCCCCGGAAUACUAUACGGCCAAGGACUUCUUCAUCGGAGCAAUCAUCAUCGUGUACUCGCAUCGAUUUAGGAUCGUCAGUACCGAUCUGUACGUGUACCGGUACAUGCAAGCCCACCCGGAGAUGUUUGCCAGCAAUGCCAUCGAAACCGUCAGAAAUUACCUCCUGGGAGAGGGCCACCUCAAGGACGACCUGAGACAAGCUAUCGAAGAUGACUGCCAACUGUACGGACCUCCCCCUGCUCCGGAACCAAACGACGAUAAGGGCGUGGGCGAAGUGGACAAACGACUGCAGGAUUUUAAACUAAAUGAAUCAAAACCCGAAUGCAAACCUCUCCCCCCAGUGGCCAUAAUACCAGCCGAUACCCACCCGUGCCCAUCCCCAAUCAUUCCAGACGAGGAAAUCAAAAAGACCUACCACUCCCACGAGCACAUGGACCUCGCCCUACAAGGGCAAAUCGAAGGCGAGGACGUGGUGAAAGUAGGCAAAUCCGUCCGUUUUGAAGAUGGUUGCUAAGCGCACUCUAACAGAUAAGGGUCCUCCACAUGCAUCAUGCUUUCCACCAUUUCUCUC